CCCAGUGAUGCGUGCGCUAUUAAACGGACUGUAAACAAAGACAUUCGUAGGAAAAAAAACAUGAGAAAAGUAUUUUCGCCAUAAUUAGAAACAAAUUGUUGCAGUGGGAAAAUAAAGUAAUUGCAUAUGAAACACACACAUGUUUGCCCAUUCAAUACUUCGACAUACGCUGUGUUGCGCUAUUGUAUAGAUGAUCUCCGCUUCACAAAACCGUGUAGGGUUCGCAUCUGUCAUCGCUUGUUGGCUGUAGCAAUCGUAUCGUUUUGCUACGAUAACUUUUUGAUAUACAAAUAAAUCGGUCGUCGUUGAAAUUGCGGUUGAUUCAUCCCUUCCAUGUGUGUGCAAGCUGUAUUUGGAGGACUUUUUAGCACGCUACGAAAUACAGUUGUCAGUAAACACUGCCGUCGGACAUAACGUUUGCGCGAUUGUAUAAAUCUUAAGGGCCGCUAAAUCCUCAGUACGUGCCAAAGCCAAGCCUCGUUCCCUGAUGGGAGACUACUCAGCUUCGCCAAGUGCUACUGCAGGUGCGGUGAAUGUUAUAGAUGACCCAGGAUCGUCGAGUGUUUCCGAUAGCGACAACGGCACUAGAACGAUUUCGAAAGAGUUGUUUUCACUCCUGUGGGGCACUACGAUUAAGAACGAUGUAUUUCGAAGGUGGUUGCAAGGGUUCUCCUUCAGCGACUACGAGCCGUCGGCUUUGGUGCAAAGAGACGGUGGGCCAUGUUGUGUAAUAGCUCCAGUGCAGGCGUACCUGCUAAAGAUAUUGUUGAUGGAAACUCCAGGACAUAGUUUCAACGAUCUUACUGCCGAUAAGUGUAAAACCUUGCUGAUUCAGGCCGUUUGCCAAAUUCUCAUGAAGUGCAAAUCUGACCUUUACCGCAUCGUGAGCCUGCACACCGAGAGCACCGUGGAAAUAUCUGCUUCUGAGGACGGUGGAACUGACGUUCCGGACGCAUUGGGUGGGUCGGCCUUAAAGAACGCACAGGAAUAUGUACGAUCGGGAGGCUCUGGUGAUGCACGGGCGUUGCACGGUAGUACUUCUAGUUUGCUCGCGGCCCGUAUACACAUUGGUACUUGGACACCCGAUGCUUUCCACAAAUGUAUCGCGUACCGUGAAUUUAAGAAUAUCGAUGAUGUCGAAAAGUUUUAUACGCAAAAUUUCCACAUUCUGGCGAAUGAGUGCGGGGUACUGUUGUUGCUGUACACGAUUCUGCACACGAAGGGACUCGAGAGUAUACUAUCUGAAAUGUCGGACCCUUCUGAACCGCUCAUACACGACACAUAUGGCUGCGGUAGUCAGGCCCUAAUAAACCUGAUGCUUACUGGCCGUGCCGUACCGCAUGUCUGGGACAACGAACAGGACGUCGGGGGAAUGAAGCUAAAAGGAAUCAACCAGCAGUCGGAGAUUGGUUUCAUCACCGUGAUGGAACAGCUGCAAUAUUGUACCGUUGGUUUCUUUUACAAAAAUCCGAAGAAUCCAGUAUGGGUGAUGGGUUCCGAUACACACUUAACCGUAAUAUUCAGCAACGAAAAGCGACUUGUGUCGCCCGAAACGCCCGCCGAAGUUGCUCGCCGAGUAUUUCGACAAUUCGAUGCGGAUGGAAGCAACUUUAUUCCCAGUCCGAUGUUACAGGAUCUGAUGUGUGCUCUAGACUUAGUCAGCGAACCCGAAUACGUUGAACUCAUGCGAAGCCGUCUUGACCCGGAAAACCUAGGUAUUAUUUUGCUGAAUGCGUUUCUCAACGAGUUUUUUCCAAGCGAAAAGAAAUCAAUACCUGAUUCAUUCGACCUGUUGCAUUACAACGGCAUUCCGAACUCGAACUUCAACAAUCGCGUGCUGUACAACAAAGGCCAGGCGGUGCUUCUAGAGAGCGACGUCCGUAUGUACAAUCCCUCUGAUCCGAUGCUAACCUGCCUGCAGACGAAAUGGCCCAGCAUUGAGGUCAAUUGGGUGGGCAAUCGCACACCGUCAUUAAAUUGAAUCUACAUUCGUUUGCACGGGCUGCAAAAAUACUAAGUCGUUCGGUCCUUUACUGUGUUAACGUUUUACUAUGUUAACUUAGUUUUGUUUUCUUAUUUUUUAUGUGUUUGUUGCGAUAAUAUUAUUUUCUUCGAGAAGUGCUCCAUGAUAAUGGAAUAAAUAAACAAAACUGUACAGUUGAUGCGAA